AUGGUUGUCUCACUCAUUGGGCCGCUGGACUCGCCGUACGUGCAGCGCACGCUGCUCGUCGCCGCGUACGCCGGUAUUCAGCUGAAGCUGGUGCCGAUCCAGGUUGGGAGGGAGAACGAUACAGAGGAGUACCGCCUCAACUGCCACCCCAUGCAGCGCGUGCCGGUCAUGAAGACGGAUGAGGGGUACCUGUUCGAGUCCAACGCGAUGAUCCGCUACUUGGCGCGCACGGAGGUCAUGCUGGUGUCCGUGAGCGCCGGGGCGAAUAAUGAGAAGAUCCCGCACCCGCAGUACCCGAUCCCGUACGCCAUGUAUGGUCACUCGCUGCUGGAGUCCACGCAGGUGGACAGCUGGCUUGAUUUUGCCAUCAUGCGCAUCGACUUCUACACACGACAGUUCUUCGCGUACGAGCACAAGACGGGGCCGAGGCCGGCCGCCGACAUGAAGGCGCUGCUAUGCAAGAACCUCGACGGACUCGAGCGGCGUUUAGCCUACCUGAAGGAGGCUUGCCGCGCGCUCGUACAGCAGUCCGGCUCGCUGACGGCGCGCUCCGUCAUGACGGACGAGGAGCUGGUCUGGAACGAGGAGGACUACAUGGCGUCCCGCGCGACACGUGAUUCGCGCCUCAGCUCCGUGUACAACGUAGCCGGGUCGAUUCGGCAUCGCCUCAUGGAAAAGGAACGGCAGGAGCGGGAGAAGCAGCUGAUGUUCAUCAAGAAGACCACCGACGAGGCGCUCGGCAAGGAGGAGGGCGCCGACGACCCUCAACAGUCAAGCCGUCGCCCGUCAAUGUCGCGGGACAGCAUGGCUAUCUCGGCAACGCCGCGCGCGUCGGUGCUGAUGUCGGCUCGCAGCACCAUGGGCAGCGCCGCCUCCGUCGUCCAGCGCCAUGAUCUGAUCUUCCUUGUCGGGGGCUCGCUGACGGCUGCGGAUCUCGUGAUGGCCAUGUCGCUCCACGGUGUCCUGUGCUGCCAAGAGUUGAAGCCGGUGCUUACUUCUAAGUAUCCGAACUCGUUCAAGUACUACAAGAGUGUGCUGAUGCUACCUGUUGCGGCGGAGGUGAGGAAAGCGAUUCGCCUCAACAUCAUCAAGGAGUAG